ACCCGUCAGACGGCGAUCCGGAUGUUUAGAACUGUCCUAAAAAGAUUGCAGAACAAAUGGAAAUCGUACAGACACAGGUUUGUACCUUGGGUCGUACUUAACCUGUCUAAAAAUGAGAAAACUCUGCGGAAGGUGACGGAGCGCUCGGAAGACAAACUAGUCCCAGAUGAGGAGGUAUCAAAGAGCCUGCUGCUGCUCUUCAGAGCCUUGCUCAGGAGUCAUGGGGCUAAUCAUGAGGAGCACCGAGUUGCUCAAACUGACCUCAGGAAGGUGCCAAGUAAAGAAGACCAGCGGGGAGAAUAUCCACCGAGUUCACAAAAUGUCAUGUUACAGUCUCUGGGAUUCUGCAUUGACAGGAAACCUAGCACUUUGCCCUUUGCAGGAACAGGAGUGUUUGUGACCGAAGGAUUUGUACCCAAAGGAACUACAGUGGCCAUGUACCCUGGCACAAUCUAUCAAGCUCAUGAGCCUAUUCUCCUCCAGUCCAUCAGAAACCCUUUUGUAUUCAGGUGUAUUGAUGGUGUCUUGAUUGAUGGAAAUGACAAAGGCAUCUCCAAAAUGGUGUUCAAGUCAUGCAGUGGUAGAGACAGAAUAGGGCCAUUUGUGAUAAGUGACACCAGCUGGCUGACAGCAACUCCACAAAACCCACUUGCUGUUGGUCAGUAUGUUAACAACUGCUCCAACGAGAUGCCUGCCAACAUGUGCUACCAGGAGUAUGACGUGCCGUACACAUUUCCCUUGGAGCUUUUCCAGUAUCUGCCGAAUGUCAACUACAGCAAUGACACUCCAAGGCCUCUACGCUGUGUUGUCCUUGUGUCACUCAGAGACAUUACAGCAGGGGAGGAACUCUUCUCCAACUACUACACCAUUGUGCAUUAGAGUCAAAGUAUACUCCACUGUUCUGAUUUGGUGUCCGAACUGAAGAAAAAGUACAUUUUUCAAAUUCAAGCAAUAUUGUAAUGUGCGGCUUCCUAAAGAGAAACAUAUUUAAAAAAAAAUAUUUCCUUUUGUAUAAUAACCAUUGCACUGGAAUAAAGGUAAAAUAUAUCUUACUGUAAUAAACUGCUCUUAUUUCACAGUGUUGAAGGGUGUCUCAUUGAUAUACAGAAAGACCUUAGACCAGGGAUGGGCAACUUAAAUGCUGGAGGGGGCCACAGUUUUUCAUGGACACUACCACA